CAGAUCCUGAGUAUGGUCGCCAUUGGGUUAAACGCCUGAGAAAUCCGAGCGAGGAAGCUAAGUUGAAGAAGGGGGGUGGGUGGGUAGAAACUGCGGCCUCUGAGCUACUUAACCCGCCCCCGACAUCCAGCAGCCCGAGAGCCCUCUUCAGAAUCCGAGCCCGGUGCAAUUGGCGAUUAAUGAAGAAUGUCUGCGACAAGCGUUGACCCUCAGCGAGCGAAAGGACAAGAGAAUAAAGUGCAAAAUGGUUCGUUGCAUCAAAAGGACACCGUACACGACAAUGAUUUUGAGCCAUACCUAAGCAGCCAAUCUAAUCAGAGUAACAGCUAUCCUUCAAUGACUGAUCCAUAUUUGUCAAGUUAUUAUGCCCCAUCCAUUGGAUUCUCCUAUUCUCUUAGUGAAGCAGCACCAUGGUCCACUGGCGGUGAUCCUCCUAUUCCAUAUUUAACAACUUAUGGACAGCUGAGUAAUGGAGACCAUCAUUUCAUGCAUGAUGCUGUGUUUGGUCAGCCUGGGGGACUAGGGAGUACCCCAUAUUUAAACCAACAUAGAUUCAACUUUUUCCCUGAAAAUCCAGGGUUUUCUGCAUGGGGAACUGGUGGAUCUCAGGGACAACAAACACCAAGCUCAGCAUAUGGCAGUAGCUAUAGUUACCCACCUAGUUCUUUGGGAGGAACAAUAGUGGAUGGACAGGCAGGGUUUCCAAAUGAUACCUUAAAUAAGGCACCAGGCAUGAAUAGCAUUGAACAGGGAAUGGUUGGACUAAAGAUUGGAGCUGUGACAUCAUCAGGUGUAAAGACUGUAGGAUCUGUGGUAAACAGCCCAGGUAUGACCAACACAGCACCUGGAAAUGGCUCAACAGCUGGUGUAUCUGCUCCAAAGCCAACAUCAUGGGCUGCCAUUGCAAGUAAACCAGCCAAGCCUCAACCAAAAUUAAAACCAAAGACUGGAGCAGCAGUAGGAGGUUCAGCAUUACCUCCACCACCUAUAAAACACAAUAUGGACAUUGGUACAUGGGACAAUAAAGGACCUGUACCAAAAGCUCCUCCAACCCAUCAGACCCCUAAUACUCAGGCAGUUCCACAGCAGCAGUUGACUCAGCCCCCUCCAGCUCAGCCAUUACAACUUCCACAGCAACCUUAUCAGAAUCCUCAACAACCCCCACAGAACCGAUGGAUAGCCCCUCGCAAUAGAGGGGCAGCAUUUGGUCAAACUAGCGGAACUGGUAAUGAAAGCAACUCGGUGGGUAAUCUACCAGUUAGCUCUCCUCCAAGCAAUGAGACUCAUCCUGUUCUUGAAAAGUUGAAGGCUGCAUACUGCUACAACCCAAAAGACUUUGACUGGAAUCUUAAAAAUGGCCGAGUGUUUAUUAUCAAGAGCUACUCUGAGGAUGAUAUCCAUCGCUCUAUCAAGUACUCCAUUUGGUGCAGUACUGAGCAUGGCAACAAACGCUUGGACAGUGCUUAUCGUUCGAUGGCUGGAAAAGCCCCUGUUUACUUACUAUUCAGUGUGAAUGGCAGUGGACACUUCUGUGGAGUGGCAGAAAUGAAAUCACCAGUGGACUAUGGUACAUGUGCCGGGGUUUGGUCACAGGACAAGUGGAAAGGCAAAUUUGACGUUAAGUGGAUCUUUGUAAAGGACGUACCUAAUAACCAGCUGAGGCAUAUCCGUUUGGAAAACAAUGAUAAUAAGCCAGUCACUAACUCUCGGGACACUCAGGAGGUUCCUUUAGAGAAAGCUAAGCAAGUGCUCAAAAUUAUUGCUACUUACAAGCAUACCACCUCAAUUUUUGAUGACUUUUCACAUUACGAAAAGCGUCAGGAAGAAGAGGAAGUUGUACGUAAGGACAAAAUUUCUCUGCCAGUGGCUUCUCAUUAUUUACAGGAGCGCCUGAAUCGAAACAAAUGAUAAGAAAACAUUUGACUUGAUGAAUUUAAAAAAAAAACUGAAAACCUGGUGCUGUGACCUAGCAUCAGAAUGAAAACAAAAAUCAAAGCUUUCUGCUCCAGUGAUAUCUUUAUGUGCAGGGGAAUUAAGCUACAUCACGUUUUUAGUACAUUUCUGUUUUUGUUUUUGCCCAGACUGGUCUGCAUUUUGUUUGUAAUUUUGCACCUAAAUGCUGUCGCAGUCACUGGUAACUUCUGUUACACUGAAGCUUUAGCCUGCAUUUGUUUAGCAAUCCUAUGAAGAUGAGCCCAUCCAGCUCUUUUUUUUAUAAAUGGGAAAUAUUACUGCAUCAGCCUUAUGUAGAUUGGAUGAUGUGAUGCUUUCAACGUUACUAGUUUUGGUGAUGUGUGUUAACUUUGAGCUUUCUGGUGUUCUUUUCAAGUCGCUGUUAAUUUGCAUUCUCUCAUGAAAAUCCCAAGGUCAUUUCUUUUUUUUUCUUCUGUAAAGCUGAGCUUUAAUGUAGGAGCAAAUAGUGGAAACGAUGGUUGAUGUCUCAAAAAAUAUAAAUUGAUGCAAACGUCUCUUGAUUUUUGAGAUGAAAUAUUUUGAUUGUUUUUUUUCUGUCCGAAAGCUGUACUUUGCUGUACUGUAUGUCUGUGGAAUGAGGGAACCAUUGAAAUUGCUGCCGACUGGAUAAAGCAUGAAACGGUGCUCAUGCCUGUUGCUUUAGUUCACAGAAACUUGCACGUGUUUAUUGUAGAGGAACUUUACUAUCGUUAGAAACAAAACAAUUAACUCUUCUGAACCUAGUUACAAAAAUGGACCUCAAUUUAAAAAGAAAACUAUCAUUUAGACUUAUAUUUAGACAAUUUUAGUUAUGUCUAUAUUGCCUGUAAGGUAAAUGAACAUCAUUGGGUUGAUUUUCUUUCCUCUAGGAGAAUACAAGCCUUAAUAAACAAUAUCUAUUUAGCAAGCACAGGUGAUCUGUCCUUAAUGCCUCUAAUCAUUGUCUUCUGUUUUCUUUCUGUUCAUGUGAGUGGAAAAACUGCAUUCUGUUCUCUGGACAAAAUGCAUGAAUUCAAUUGAAAUGAGCAUCUUAAGGUUUCAGAAAUAAUCCACUUAAAAAAUGUCAAAUAAUUGUAUAUAGCAUUUGGGAACUGAGUUUGAAUAUUUGCCAAUGAAAAUAGCUUAUGAGGAUCAAUGCACAUUGAGUGAAGAGUUAAAGAGAGUAGACUAACUCAUAUGUUCAGUGAUACUCGAAGUGGAGCACCUUAAGUACAUCUAGGUGUAUGUUUUAGAAAAUGUCCAUAUUGUGAUGUUAAUUAUUAUCCAUCAGUUCAAAAGUGUCACAAAUCAAUUAAUGUAUCAUUCCUUUCGAUACUGCAACCUGUAGGUAAAAUCUAAAGAAAACUUGGAUAUUGUGUUAUAUCUAUUAGGAGCCAUAAAAUGAUGGGUGAUUAUUUAAGUGCAAAUGCUGAAAAUUUUAAUUGAUUUGAAUAUUAUAUUGACCAACAUUAUUAGCUGUGCAAAGAUUGCAUUGUACCACUGUCAGAAACUUCUAUCACUUUGAUUAAAAGUAGACUGAUAGGAUGAUUGGCUAGGUUGGAUUUGUCCCGACUUUUGUGGACUUGACAGCUGAGCAAUUUUCGACAUUGCCAGAUAGAUGCUUUGGGUGGAAGUAGUUCUGGAGCGCAAGCCUUCAUUACUGUUGUCAGGAGCCAAAUUCUUUGCAGUAGCCAGUGGCUUUAGAUGUAUUUUUUAACAUGAGUUGAAUUAUUUGCAGACUGACAGUCAUAAUCAUUUCGCCCAUCAAGUCUGCACCAGUCAAAAUUAAACAUCUAACUAUUAUUAUCCCACAUUCCAAUACUUGUCAAGUCAUCAGGGCAAUUGUAAAUGCUAUUAUUCUAGGAAUCUGUGGAGAAGGUUGGAUGUGGUAGAAUUACAGAAACACAGUGAGCAGGUGCAUGUGAGGGAGGGCAAGUAUUAAACAAUAAAUGGAGAUGGAACCCAAAGAGAAAACAGCAGUUGAGCAGACCCAGGAAUGGUGAAUGGUGAGCCAUGAAGUAAAGAAAACCUUCUAAUGGAGACAGUUCGUGUGUGAAAACUGUUAUGCUGAGAUGAAAGCAGUCCAUGUUGUAAGAUGUGGAGGUAGGUGAAGGACAUGCAAGAAAGUGUUGAGGCUCUAAAAUUAUUGAACUCUGUAUUGAGUCCUAGAGACUGCAGGGUCCCCAAACACAAUGAGAUGCUUUUCUUCCAGUUUGCACUGAGUCUUGCUGGAGCUCAACAGAAUUGUUGGCCAGUGAACACUGGUUUGUUAAAUGGCAGACAGCUGGAAGCUCACCAUUUUAGCAGACAGUUGCAUAAUCGCUGUACAUCGUGUAUGCUAAUAACUAGAUCAGACUUGGCUGCAAAUCCACUGCUCCUUUUCAUAUCCUUCAUCUACCCCAACUCACCUCAAGGGAAACACCAUCCAUAUUCGUGAAGGCUGGUCACUUAGAAUAGAGGUAGCUGAAACUUUUUAAUGCCUUUAGAAUUGAUUGAACAAAUAUGUUUUUACCAAAUUAUAUCUUAUCAAAUAAAAAGGAUUUCUUGCUAUUCAAAGUCCCAAUGUUUGGCUAAACUCUUAUCCAGCAUUCAAUUAACCAAUACUCUCUCCACCUGUGCCCUUCAGAUAAUUGAGGUUUCUCGAAAUCUAUGUGUGCGUUAUUAUUGCACAACCAUCUUACUCGGUAGUAUAUAUGUAAGAAAUCAGAUGUCUAUACGGAAUUAGAAUGUCUUGCCUGCUAAUUUUAUUGAACCAUUGGAUGCAGAGAUAUAUCAUCCUGAUAGGCACUGUCAGCAAGUGAGGCUGCAGUCCAGUGGUAUACAACUAAUCAUGUUCCUAGGCGGAAUGGAACCAUUGACCGCCGUUUAGCCACUGCCCUUUCACUGCCGAGGACGCUUUGCCACCGCCCAUUGGCCGCUGAGGACAAUUCGCCACUGCAAGUGUUUGUAACUUAUUUUUAUGUAUAAACCAA